CUAACGUCUGAGGCGAUUCAGGUAAUUGGAUAACAAUGUGUGACACGUGACCAUGGAGCUCACGAAAUCAAAUAAAAACUUGGCGUACUUCACUUCAAGAAGACAUUGUCAACCUUGACAUGAACAGCACAUGCAACAUGACAAAAACCGUGGAUCGAUUCAACAGCAGCGGUCUCGAAUUCACUUAUCCGAUGAACUCGCAGCAUGCGCCAGGAAGGAGUAGAGCACAACUCCAGCCGUACAAUAGUGCGCAAACCAACAACACUGGAGCUUAUCAUGUUACACCAUGCUUUCGCUACCGCCAAACACAAGCUCCCGAGCAAGUACCGUUGGACUGGAACAUUCCUCUCCUUCCAGAGAUCUGCAAUGGCUUCCCAACAGUUUCUCAGUCUUUAGUACAAGACUUGAAUUCAGCGUUACCACCCUUUGGUUCAAGGGUCUACCCAAACAGGGACCGGACGUCCUGCGGAGAAGAUGCUCUCCAGUGUUUCACUACCUUUACAGAAGAGAGACCAAAAGGUCGGGGAAGGGAAUCUUGGUCGUCCGCCACGGUGCGCUCCCGAGCUAGAACAGCGUACACAGCAAGACAGCAAGUCGAGUUGGAAAAAGAGUUUCUAUUUAGCCGAUACAUAACCCGUGCGCGAAGAAUAGAGCUGGCCAAGUCUUUAAGUCUCUCGGAAAAACACAUCAAGAUAUGGUUCCAAAACCGAAGAAUGAAAAUGAAAAAGAACGAGACCACGUUUGAAAGCACAAAGACAAGCCCCAAUGAAAUCCGAAGACUGUACAGCAUGGCGGAUGAUUGACUUAGUAACAUGUCCACGCACAUCUUUUUUAAUGGUUGGAAAUUUUUGAUGUUGAUGUUGCAUUUGCCUAUAUAUACACUAUACAUUUUGAUGUUGUAUACUGAAAAGUUUGCAGUCAUUUUUGUAGGACAAAACAAAUUCGCCAACACAUGUAAAUAUUUCACCAGACAACAAUAUUACGAAACUUACUAAAUUUCCCUCAAAAUUUCAUCACGCAUAUCUAUAAUCGAUAGGUACAGGAUAUUCCUGCUUAAAUUUAUUUCUGCCUUGAAUUUUGUACAAUUAACCUCUGAAGUGUUGUCGAUAUUUUGCAUCCAACUUGUUAAGAAACAAUCAACUUAACACGUCAGUAGGAUUUCCUUUCCGGCAGCAGAGAGAAAGAUGUUGUUUAUACCACGAAGCGGGUCACAGCUACGCUUAAUAGCUGAGAGAUUCAUUCAAACGCACAGUGGGAUAUACUUACAAGAAUACUAAGUCAUUAGUUCUUCAUGAUCAGUUGCUAUACGUCUGAUUUGUAUCACAUAAGAAAUUUUGACUUUCCCUUAUUAAAUUAAGUGUUCAGUAUGUGCAAAUGGUUUCAAUUUAUUUCGGUACGAUAGACCUCGACAGAUACCUCCCAUGCAUUUUAAAGUAUUCUAGUCUUGGAACCUACCUUUUUCAAAGUGGCUCAAUAUUUUUCGUUCUAGCUAUUUAACGAAAGGUUUUCCAUUUUGUAUUUCGCAAUGCAGCCUCCUCAAACCUCAAAUUUAAUUUUCAUCCAUUCGGCCGGUGUAAAAUCAACAGUCAUCAUUUAUACCUUAUUAUUUCAUUGUGAGUUUCAGUUCAGUUCAGUUCAGUUCCUCUUUUUAAAGUCAGUUGUUAAAGAGGUUUACAAGAAAGAAAUAAAACACUAUUUUAAAUCUUAUCACUAGAUCCUUUCAGUGGGAAAUAUUAACCUCCAUGUUCAAAAUUUGACCUCAAUGAAACAUGUGUUAAAUUCUUUGGAAGACAUUCAGUUUGGUUCCGAGUUAAAGACUGAAGUCCGUUUUGCAGUAUAGUAUUCCAUAGUGAUAUUUUUAUGAUAUGCAUGGUGGUCUUCUUGUGCCUGCUCAGUCUGUCCUUCAACCUAUCUGUCGGUGAAGUCUUAUUCAAUUUACUUUGAAAAAAAAAUGUCCACU